AUGAUGGCUUUGUCUCUCGAGGCAUCACCCACCAUCCCCUCUCUCGACCUCGGCGGACUGGUACCUACACCGACCAUCCCGCCUGUGGCAAGUGAGCUCGUGAGCAUCAUCACCUCGGUGGUCGAUGGAGUCACGAGCUUGAUCCCCACCACAAUCCCUUCGCUGUCGCUGCCUACUGGCGUGCAAGACUUGCUUCCCGACGUGACCAUGUCUCUCGGUGUCAACGUCCCGCUUCCCACACCACCACCCGAGGCUGAUGCGCUUGCACAGCUGGCGCAAGGAGCACUCAACGCCGUCCCCACCAUGCUGGUGAAGAACUUGGAGCAGAUCCAGAGCGAGUUCAGCUCGGCACUCGCUUCCAUCGCUGCUGCUGCGCCAACACCCACUCCGGUCGUUUUCGUGACGAAGAACGAUGCAGGUUUGGAUGUGACCAUGACGUCGACACCCACACUUCCGACGUUGCCGACGACAGGAGUGAUCAACCCUCUUUCGAUCUUGGCCAAUGCUCUGCCACAGCCGAGCGAUGUCGUGUCGGAGGUGACUUCGGUGAUCGGCGGCGUCACAUCGGUGUUGAAGUUGCCCGCUCUGCCACAACCAACUGACCUGCUGCCGCUGCUCAACUCGGCUCAACUGCCACAGCUGGAUGUUCCAGCUCUGCUGGGAGACAAGCAACACCUUUGCAUCAAGGACGGCAACGGAAACCAGAUCGGGCUUUGCCCAGAUGGUCCGCUGAUCAACGACAGCGAAACGAUCGCCAUCUGA